UCAAAAGAAGAACUUUUUUGAUGGAGUUCGUGGGGGGAAAAAAAAUUGGGGGAGAGAAAGCGAAAGCAAAGAGAAACGCAGCAGACCACAGAAUGAAAUGAGAAAGCACCUCUUUACUCAAGGGGUCAGGUAGAGACCGGAGAGAGACAGAGAGAGAGAUCUGGCUCCGAGCGAAUGGAAAGGGACGUGUCGAGCUACAACACCUACAACUACGGCGAUGCCCUUUACUGGGACGCCCGCUACGUCCAGGAGGCGUCCUCCUUCGACUGGUAUCAGCGCUACUCUUCUCUCCGCCCUUUUGUCCGCUCCUUCAUCCCCACUUCUUCUCGUGUCCUCAUGGUCGGCUGCGGCAACUCCCUUAUGUCGGAGGACAUGGUCAAGGACGGGUACGAGGACAUAAUGAAUAUCGACAUCUCUUCAGUGGCUAUUGAGCUGAUGAGAACCAAAUAUGCUUAUGUUCCUCAGCUGAAAUACAUGCAAAUGGAUGUUAGAGAUAUGAGCUUCUUCCCGGAUGAGUCCUUUGAUAGUGUCAUAGAUAAAGGAACCCUUGAUUCUUUGAUGUGUGGCAAUGAUGCUCCUCUAAGUGCUGCAAGAAUGUUGGGUGAAGUUAGCAGGCUCAUUAAACCUGGAGGAACAUACAUGUUGGUAACCUAUGGUGAUCCCAAAGUGAGAAUGCCUCAUCUGACCCGGCCGGUCUACAACUGGAAAACCUCCUUAUACAUAAUACGCAAACCUGGAUUUCAAAGGCCAGCAGGUAGCGGAUGUUCAGGGAAAUCAUAUAUGGAACCAAUACCUGUGACAAGUGAGGGCUUAUUACCACAGGAGUAUGUUCUGGAGGAUCCGGAUUCACACUUUAUAUAUGUAUGCAAAAAGACGAAGGAGAUGGAUGCAGCUCAUGUGCCAUUGAUGAAUGGUGUUUUCUAGAAGUUGUGUUCAUUGCACCGAACUGCAGAAACGGUUGUGUACGUGUGUGUGCCUGUCUUGGGAGUCUUACCACUGAUGCAGAAAACCUCUGUUUGAGUAACUUUUUAAGUUAUACAAAUCUUAGAUAAUUUUGACUUGGUUUCUCUUACCGAAAUUGUAUGGCGGUUUGCUUCAUUUCGUUAUUAUAUGCAAACUAUUUUCGGCAUUGCAAUAAGAUGUUUUAGAGAUUUAGUUA